AUGUUAUACAAUCUAUACGUUACUGUGUCAGUCUCAGAAAUACAGUGUUAUACAAUCUAUACAUUUCUGUGUCAGUCUCAGACAUACAGCGUUAUACAAUCCAUACGUUACUGUCAGUCUCAGAUAUACAGCGUUAUACAAUCUAUAUGUUACUGUGUCAGUCUCAGACAUACAGUGUUAUACAAUCUAUACGUUACUGUGUCAGUUUCAGACAUAAAGCGUUAUACAAUCUAUACCUUACUGCGUCAGUCUCAGACAUACAGCAUUAUACAAUCUAUACGUUACUGUGUCAGUCUCAGACAUACAGCGUUAUACAAUCUAUACCUUACUGCGUCAGUCUCAGACAUACAGCGUUAUACAAUCUAUAUGUUACUGUGUCAGUCUCAGACAUACAGCGUUAUACAAUCAUAUCUCACCACAGCCGUUAAUACAUAUAAUGAAACGCUGUAUGGCUAUAAGGAUGUAUUGUACGCAGCGUCGUUGUAUCUUGCUGCAGCCGUUAAUACAUAUAAUGAAACGCUGUAUGGCUAUAAAGGUGUAUUGUAUGCAGCGUUGUUAUAUUUUGCCGCCGCCGUUAAUACAUAUAAUGAAACGCUGUAUGGUUAUAAAGGUGUAUUGUACGCAGCGUCAUUGUAUCUUGCCGCCGCCGUUAAUACAUAUAAUAAAACGCUGUAUGGCUAUAAAGGUGUAUUGUACGCAACGUCGUUGUAUCUUGCCGCCGCCGUUAUUACAUAUUAUGAAACGCUGUAUGGCUAUAAAGUUGUAUUGUACGCAGCGUCGUUGUAUCUUGCUGCCGCCGUUAAUUCAUAUAAUGAAAUGCUGUAUGGCUAUAAAGGUGUAUUGUACGCAACGUCGUUGUAUCUUGCCGCCGCCGCCGUUAAUACAUAUAAUGAAACGCUGUUUGAUUAUAAAGGUGUAUUGUACGCAGCGUCGUUGUAUCUUGCCUCCGCCGUUAAUACAUAUAAUAAAACGCUGUAUGGCUAUAAAGGUGUAUUGUACGCAGCGUCGUUGUAUCUUGCCGCCACCGUUAAUACAUAUAAUGAAAGGCUGUAUGGCUAUAAAGGUGUAUUGUAA